AUGGCUUCCAGUAGCUAUACAGGUUUUGAUUUAAACAAAGAGUAUGCACAAAUAAAUUUGGAGGAGGAGGAGGAAGGGAUCUUGAUUGGUGAUGAUAAUGAGGGAGAAGAGGUAGCCUUUGAUGAUCGAUGGUGCCUCGUGGGUAGAUUCUUGACGGGUAGAACGUUUGAUUUCGAUGCUAUGAGGCAUAUGAUGGCGUCUCUUUGGCAACCGGGAAAGGGAGUUUAUAUCAGAGAACUAGAUACGAAUAGGUAUCUCUUUCAAUUUUAUCAUGAAAUUGAUGUUCAAGCUGUCAUUGAUGGUAGCCCAUGGACUUUUAAUAGGAGUCCGUUGAUCUUUCAUCGUCUCAAGCGUGGGGAGGAUCCGAAGUUGGUUCGAUUACACUGCCUUGAUCUUUGGGUUCAGAUUCAUGAUCUGAAAACGGGAUAUAUGUUGGAGAAGGUGGUUCGAAAGGCAGGAGACUAUGUUGGAAAGUUUAUCAAGACGGAUGCUAAGAAUUUUAAUGGAAUUUGGAGGGAAUACCUUCGAGUUCGGGCAACAGUCGACAUUGACAAACCGUUGAAGCGUCGAAUGAAGUUAUGCAAAGACAAUGGUGAUUGGAUAUGGGCGAACUUUAAGUAUGAACACAUUCCAACUUUUUGUUUUGUUUGUGGAAUAAUUGGCCACUCCGAACGUUUUUGUCCUCGAAGAUUUGAUGAAGAUUAUGAUCCAUUAGUCAAGCCUUAUGGGAAUGGUAUGCGAGCACAGACCAAGAAGAAGAAUUAUUUGAUAGGAGCUCAAUGGCUCCGGACUGGUUCUGAACAAAACACAGCAGUCGACGGUGGUGGAGAGGUUCGGCGAUCUGGUGAGAUCCCUGCUGAUUCGAUUGGGCCAAAAAUCAUGGAGAUUGAUGAUGGUGAUCAGGGAGAGGAUACGAUUAUCUUGAAUUCAGCAAAAAAUAAAGGAGUUUUAUUUGGAAAUAAUGGUAGUAAUGAUGCUGAUGUGGAGAGAAUUGAUAGUGGCAAGAAUUAUGGAGAGAUGGCUGUUAGUGAAGAUGAGACUUUAUUGCUGUUGGACAGCAAAAGAAGACCUUGA